AUGGAUUUGAAAAAUAGGGUAUUGUUUUGAAAUAAAUUAGGCAAUUUAGCAUUAUCAGUUAAUGAAUAUAAUUCGCAAACAAAAAUUUAUCACCAUUUUCAUUAUUGUUAAUCUUACAAAUAUUUUAGCAAUUAUCAAAGAAGAGGAUAUUUUCUUAAAAUUUUCAAUUACAAUUCUUACAAAAUAGCUGAAUUAUUAUAGAAUAAAUUAAUAAGGAAAACUAAAAUUUUUAGAAAUUAAAACAGCGAAAGCCUUGAUAAAUAAAUUAUGUUAAAAUGUAUUCGUUAGAUAUUAGUUAUAUUAGUCUUUUUGUGUCAAUAUGAGUGAUUAUAAUUAAUUAAGUAACUUAAAAUUAAUUGUUGGAGUUAUAAACAUGGGUAUACCUUAUUCAUCAAAAAGAAAACCAAUAUCAUAAGUUUGUUUUUAAAAUUAACAUUCUUCAGAAGAGAAUGAUAAAUGUAGACAUAUUUCUUAAAUUAAUGAAACGAAAUAAAAGAUUUUAAUCUGUAAUGGAAUUUCUUACUUUUUAAGAAGAUUAGAUGAAUUUAAUAAGUAAGAUCAACCACAUGAAACAAAAUAAUUAGUUUCAUUCUUUGAAAAAUAGUAAUAAUGGUUAGAAUGGAAAUUAGAAUGUGAUAUUGCCUUCAUAAUUGAUUUAACAAGAAAAAAUGAUAAAAAAAGGAUAAGGUUAUUAAAAGAACUAUUAGCUGAUAAGGAAAGGCAUCAAUCUAGAUUAGGAAUUAUUUAUCUAGGAAAUCGGAAGGCUUAAUUUGAUUUAAUAGAUGACUCUGAAGAAACAUCUUAUAAUUUAUAAAAAUAAUUAUAAAAUCUGAAAUUAGAUGAUUGGAUAAACAUUUUUAAGGCACUUAGAGCUCACAUUAUUUUCAAUAAGGAAUAAAUCUUACCAUCAAUUUAUAUUUUGAGUGAAAACUAAUAGUCAUAAAAUGAUGAAUCAAUACUAAAAGUUGUUGAUAACUUAUUAGAGGAUACUUGUUAAAAUCAUUCAUUUAAUUUUCAUUGUAAUAGUUAUAAAGUAGAAGAUAAAGAUUUUUAUAGUGAAUAAGAACUAAGAUUAUAAUGA